AUGCGAUCAUUUGGAGGCGCUGCUCGAGUCGCUUCACGCAUAAUCCGAACCUCGCCAUGGCGGCAAGGUGACUCCCUCUUGAAGCCCGCGGCACCGCAUCGGACUUUAUCGGUGCAAUGGAAGACUGGACGACCAUUGCAUACCGUACCACCGCGAAAGUCAGCAUUGGCCACCGCAGAAUCAACCGAACGGGACUCUUCUAAUCCCGCCAUGGCGUUCCCAUGCCUUGAUGCCCAAGAAGCCAAGUCAGCUCAGCUUUCCGCUCGGUCGUUGCAAUCCGGCCCCGAGCCCUCAUACACCACCGGUCAACACGAGUCAUAUCACUGCGAGCAACCACUACUCCUCGACUGGGGUGGUGUUCUUCCCGAGUUUGAUGUUGCAUACGAAACAUGGGGGAAAUUGAACGACGACAAGAGCAAUGCCAUCCUCCUCCACACUGGCUUGUCUGCGUCAAGUCAUGCCCAUAGCACAGCAUCCAACCCGAAGCCCGGGUGGUGGGAGAAGUUCAUUGGCCCUGGCUUGCCUCUGGAUACCAAUAAAUAUCACAUUAUCUGCACCAAUGUUCUUGGAGGAUGCUACGGCAGCACAGGCCCGUCCUCGCUCGACCCGUCCGACGGAAAGCGAUACGCAACCCGCUUCCCGAUCCUGACCUUAGAUGACAUGGUGCGUGCGCAAUUCCGGCUUCUGGAUGGCCUUGGCAUCAAGAAACUUGCUGCCUCGGUCGGAUCCAGCAUGGGCGGCAUGCAGAGUCUCGCUGCAGGCGUUCUCUUCCCGGAACGAGUUGGCAAGAUUGUCAGCAUCAGCGGUUGCGCUCGUAGUCAUCCAUACAGUAUCGCAAUGCGACACACACAGCGACAAGUGCUGAUGAUGGACCCGAACUGGGCACGCGGCUUCUACUAUGAUGCGAUCCCACCCCACUCUGGUAUGAAGCUUGCGCGUGAGAUCGCGACGGUCACAUACCGCAGUGGACCAGAGUGGGAAAAGCGAUUCGGUCGUCAGCGUGCAGACCAAAGUAAACAGCCAGCGUUGUGUCCCGACUUCCUCAUUGAAACGUACCUCGACCAUGCCGGCGAGAAGUUCUGUCUCGAGUACGACCCCAACAGUCUCCUUUACGUCUCCAAGGCCAUGGACCUGUUCGACCUCGGCCAUAAUCACCAGACAGCGACUCUGAAACGUCGCGCGGAAUCUGAGGAGCGCAUUGCUCAGGGCGGGGCCUCACCAAACGCCUCGGACUCAUCUUGUAGUCUGACCCUCCCGGAUAAGCCCUACGAGGAGCAACCCGGGUCAACCUCCAAUAUAACCCCGCUGGAUGAGUCCGUCCCUGCCGACUCAGUGGAGGGUCCUCCACGCGAUCUUGUAGCCGGUCUUGCACCACUGAAGAACCACCCCGUCCUUGUCAUGGGCGUUGCCAGCGACAUCCUCUUCCCAGCAUGGCAGCAGCGGGAAAUUGCCGAGACACUUCGUGCAGGAGGCAACCAGAACGUGGAACACAUUGAACUCGGCGACGACCUGUCGCUCUUCGGCCACGACACUUUCUUGCUGGACCUCAAGAACAUCGGAGGUGCAUUAGGGAAGUUCUUGCGCUAG